AUGGAGCAGAUCCUGGAUAAGGCAGCUCAAUCAGGAGACAUAAACGCCUUGUAUGAAUCACUCCGGCAGGAUCCAACCCUUUUGGAUAAAUAUGAUGAGCCAUCAUUUGUGGAUACGCCUGCACACAUAGCAGCAGCUGCUGGCUCCACCCACUUUGCCAUUGAAAUCCUAAGGUUAAAGCCAUCAUUCCGCACGAAGCUCAACCCGGACGGGUAUAGUCCACUGGACUUGGCACUUCGAAGAGGAAAAAAUAGAACAGUAAAAUGGCUCAUUAAGCAUGAUCCUGAGCUCGUUCGCACCAAAGGAAGAGAGGGGUUUACGCCUUUGCACUAUGUAGCUGAAGUGGGUGAUGCUGAGCUUUUGGCCGAUCUUCUACUGGCUUGCCCAGAAUCCAUUCAAGAUUUGACAAUUCGAGGAGAAACGGCUGUUCAUAUUGCUAUGAGAAAUAUAAAUGUCAGGGCUUUGCAGGUUGUAAAGUUCCUGAUCAACGAAGUGAGAAUAAAUGAACAGAACUUAGAAGGAUUAACAUGCCUCGAUACUUUUGUGGGACUCGCAAUCACAGGAAAUGAGAGAAUUGCUAAAGCUUUACGCUGUGCAGGUGCUAAAAGAUCGUCCUCUCUACGUCCAGCUAAAACUUUCACUGAUAUUUUGAGUUCAAAGGAACCAUUCACCAGAAAAGUUUUCAGGCAAAUGGUUGAACUUGAUGCUAGUAUAGAUGGCUUGUCAAGUGAGAUGCGAAAUGCCCUUCUUGUGGUAGCUGUGUUAUUUCUGACAGCUGCCUAUGAAGCUGUACUAACCCCUCCGGGUGGAACUUCAUCAGGAGGUGAUAGCAAUUCAUUUUCGAACCAGCCUUGCAAUAUUUCUUCUAGUUCAAGUUUUGCCAGUAUCAGUACACCUGAAGACACCAAUAACACCAGAGGAACAGCGCAAAUGGGAGGAAUAAACUUCGCAAUUUUUGUUUACUUGAACACAAUAAUCUUUGCAGCCUCCCUUACGGGUCACAUAUGUACUUCAAAAUCUACACCUUUCUUCUAA